AUCUUGCGAAGGCACCUAUUGCGGUACUCUAUGUACUGGACGAUUUUAUAUGGCUAAACGUCUGUAAAAUCCCAAUUUCAUCCAUAAUGGCAUUGUUAUUUGCAAGAAAUCCGGGCUGUUUAUUCAAAGCAUGUAUUGUCAAUAGCAAGUUACUCACCAAAACCACUGGAAUUUCGGGUGUGCGAGGCUUAGCUGAAGCCACAAACAAAACAAUUUCUUAUAAUUGGAGACCGAUUCUUUUAUUCAAGAGGCAAAAUCUACUGUUGUUUCCAAGAUGUAUUCUUCUUAGCGAUAACAGUGCUAUUCGGGGACUAAAAUUGCACAGAUUCUUCAGCACAGGAAGUGCACUUAACAAUCCGACACAUACAACGAAGAGCAAAAACAAGACUUACAAAAACUUAUUUGAUAUAGACACGGAUGUUCAAAAAGACGUACUUCUGUUUAGUUGCCAUAAAGCAGACGCAUUUUACACAUUUUUCUCUUGGUUUGGUCUGAUAUUUCCUUGUCUGGCAAUUGGUAUAGGAGAAAUGGCAUGGACUUCCUUUGGUAAGAUCCCCAAUGAAACUGAAGAGGAAAAACAAGAAGCCUGGUACAACAGAUUUUCCUUGAGAAACAAAGUAUUGCGAUACGCAUUUAUGGUGUUGAUCGCUUUAGUAGCUUUAUCAGGAAUUGGCCUAGGCUUCAUGGUUCCCAUGAGAGCAGUUCGGGAGAUUCAUUUGUUAGCUGGAGGAAAAAUGGGUCGGAUUGUAACAUUUGGACCUUUUGGGAGAAAUAGAACCAUAGAACGUCCUCUGGCUGAAAUUUUACCCUUACACAGCCGUACUGAGCAUAAGUCUGCCUUGAUGAUAAAAAUUGAAGGAUACAGAUUUUUCUUUAAUUGUGACACUGCCAAAGGAAUUUUCCACGAAGAGCAGUUAUAUGACUUUACUGUGGGGUCAAAAAACACAUUAUGAGAAAAACCUUGACCUUUACACAAAAUGUUGAACUUUUGGAGCUAUUGAAAAAAGUGUUUGCCAAUGUAAUCUAUUAUCCUGAUAUUUUUCUUUAUGACAUCAGAGAUUAAAAUUGAAGGAAAUGUUAA